AUUGUAAGAUUCCAGUUAAUUUUUCUUAGGCUUUCGAACGGUCAACAUUAAAUUUCAGUGAUAGACUUUUUUUUUUUUGGUAUUCCAGUGUUGUCAAUAAGAAUAGGAGACUUGUGAUAACCAAAUUCUAAAAGCUGAUUGAACACACAGACACCAACACACACACAUAUACAUUCAUUCAUUUACAUAUACAUAUAAAGGACAAUUUGAGUAACAAGCAUAAAGAGCAAACUGCAUAAUGGUGAACGUGGGUUGCGUUGCCAAAUUGCUGAGCGGUUUUCAUUUGGGAAACGGCUUCUGGGUGAAACGCGUUAAUCCACAUUGGUAUGAGGCACGACAAUUGCCCAAAACGUUGCUGAGGGAGAAGUUGACCGCAAAUAAGACGAUACUGCAAAAGGCAAGAAAAGCGUCCGUAAGAAAAAAUACGAAAUCUACUUUGACAAUGACCCCGCUAUCCAGGCGCGUAGCUCUCUUAUGAUUUCACAAUAAUUGAUGCUGGAGAAUCUGGAAGAGAUGUGCUUUAAUAUAUUGCCUAGCAGCUCUAUACAAUUGUAAUCGAGUACUCGAUUUCCCUGUGAAACUUAAACUAAGAUUUUGUUCUAAAUACCCGCCAGAUAAUGUGUGCUGCCAACUAAUUUAAAUAAAUGCUAACAGGGGAAUUCGCUUAAUUUUAA